GGUCUCUCGGUCUCCUGCGGCGACAUGCUUAGGCGAAAGGGGGGAUCUAUGCUUAACGCAUCCAUAAUGUUCUUGUCUUGCGCGCGAACGACGACAGGCAGCUCGGGCCGGGUCGAGCUCUCUGAACCUCUAUGGUCGCUCCUACUCGCAUAUAUGCGGCUGUUGACGUCUCCUUUACUCGCUGAUAGGAUAUACGCCGGAGACCGAUGAAUCGGGCAAGGAGAAAUGGCCGAGGGGCGACGAGAAAGCAUGGAAGGGGAGUAUGCGUGGGCUCGAUAAUG